AUGUCGAACCUCUUGAACAAAAAUCCUGGAUCCGCUACUGCUCUCGACAUCUUUCACAACCAUUUAAAUGGUUCCAUUCUUGUUGAAGUAGGGAAGAUGAAGUCACUUGAGUUUUUAACCUCAGGGAGUAACAAUAUUUCUGGCCCAAUUCCAACUACUCUAGGUGAUUUAACUAAGCUCAAAGUUUUGCACCUUUAUUCUAACCAACUUUCUGGUCCCGUUCCUAGUGAGUUGGGGAAUUUGAAGAACCUCACUGAUUUGGCAUUAUCUGGUAAUCAACUUAGUGGUUCAAUUCCAACUGUUGGAAGAGACUUAACCGAACUCAAGAGUCUAUACCUUCAUUCUAACCAACUUGUUGGUCCCAGUCCUAAUGAGUUAGGGAAUUUGAAAAACCUCAAUGAUUUGGCAUUGUCUCAUAAUCAGCUUAGUGGUUCAAUUCCAACUUUUGUAGAUGACUUAACUGAGCUCAAAAAUUUGUACCUUCAUUUUAACCAACUUGCUGGUCCCGUUCCCAGUGACUUAACCGAGCUUAAAAGUCUGUACCUUCAUUCAAACCAACUUUCUGGUCUCAUUCCUAGUGAGUUGGGGAAUUUGGAAAAACUCACUGAUUUGGCAUUGUCUGAUAAUCAGCUUAGUGGUUUAAUUCCAAUUGUUGAUGUCGUAUUGUCAUACCAUGAGUUAGAAGGUCCAAUCCUUGAUAACAAAGCUUUUACUAAUGCUUCAUUAGAAGGUAAUAAAGGUCUUUGCGGCAAUCUAACAGGAUUCCAGCCAUGUGAAAGGCCAUCUUCGCACUUAAUAGGCAAGCGACGUAAACUUAUCCUCAUCAUUCUACUUCCUGUUAUGGGAGUACUGGUACUACUUUGUGCUUUCCUUGGUGUUCUGUUUAUGUGUGAUAAAAGAAGGAGAGCUAAAGACGUUGAAAGAUGGAAUGAUGAUAGUUGGCUUUCGAUAUCCAUGUUAUAUGGGAAGGCACUAUACAGGGACAUCUUAAACGCCACAGAGGAGUUUGAUGCAACAUUUUGA